AUGACAAACUUAGAAAACAUCUGCGGUAAAUUUAACUCUUCAAUAGAGAAUAUGAAACUUAUAGUAUGUAACGAACUUCAAAGUAUAGAUACAACAAAAGUUUUGAACUCAGAUGCUUUGAAGAGUCUUAUAACAGACAAAGUUGGAGUUGUUGAAAGAAAAUAUAAAGACCAAAGAGUUUGUGAAAAUGUUGCAAACUUCGUUAUGGUUUCAAACAAUGCUGUUCCGAUGAAGUUAGAAAGUUCUGACAGAAGAUAUGUAGUUGUCAGAACGUCAGAUUCUCAUAUGCAAGAUACAGAAUAUUUUGACGACUUAGCAGAAACUUUGACAUCUGACUUUUACAACCACUUGUUCUCAUAUUUCAUGACAUUAGAUAUUUCUAAGUUCAAUCCAAGACAAAUUCCACAUACCGAAGAGAGACAAACAUUGUUAGAAGCAAACAAGAGUGUAUAUGAACUGUUCAUAGAUGAAACUGACUUUGAGUGUUUAGAUGAAAGGUCAUUGUACGAUUCGUAUAAACAAUAUUGUCAAGAAUAUGGUUAUAUGACAGCGUCUAAACGAACAUUCUUGGCAAAUGUCAAAAGUCUUUUAGACGUACAGAAUGGU